CGAAACAUUAAGACCUUCCUUUUUUAAUAGCUAGCAGAUUACUCUAAAUGGCAGGCUUAAGCUUCGAUAACUUUCAAAGAAACCAGUUCCUUUCAAAGAAUGGAGUCCAGACCCCGCAGGCAAUUUCCACUGGUACCACUAUCGUGGGAUGCAAAUUCAAAGAUGGUGUAGUGAUUGCUGCGGAUACCAGAGCUACGGCUGGGCCUAUAGUGGCAGACAAGAAUUGUGAGAAACUGCAUCGUCUGGCUCCUAGGAUUUGGUGUGCAGGUGCAGGAACAGCAGCAGAUACCGAAAUGGUCACCCAGCUAGUUCAAUCUAAUUUAGAGUUACACUCGAUGUCUUUGAACAGAGAGCCAAGAGUCUCUUCAGCACUACAAAUGCUAAAGCAACAUCUCUUCAAAUAUCAAGGACAUAUUGGGGCGUAUCUGAUUGUGGCUGGGGUGGAUCCUAAAGGAGCUCAUUUGUUUUCAAUUCACGCGCAUGGUUCUACAGACAUUGGUUUCUAUCAAUCUUUAGGGUCAGGAUCGCUUGCUGCUAUGGCAGUUCUCGAACGUGAUUGGAAAGAAGACUUGACCAAAGAGGAAGCCAUGAAACUCUGUGCGGAUGCUAUUGAAGCCGGUAUUUGGAACGAUUUGGGAUCGGGCUCCAAUGUCGACUUAUGUGUAAUGGAAAUUGGCAAGGAUGCACAAUUAUACAGAAACUUCUUGACACCUAAUGUCCGAGAAGCAAAAGCAAGAAAUUAUAAGUUCGAGAGAGGAACAACGGCUAUAUUAAAGGAAAGCAUCUACAAUCUAUGUGAGGUCGAGGAAGUUCGGGUGAUGACAGGGGAUGCAAUGGAGGUUGACGCUUAGGAGACAUCAAGGUAAAGUACAUAGAUUAUUUGGCAUUGAGUUGCUUUAGCACCUCAAUAGUUCCCUCAACAAUUGCUUCAUGUUCAAGAGCAUGUAUUCUAGCUUCCCACUCUUCGAGCGAUUCUUUCUUAACAUCGAUUUCUUUCACGAUAAGAGGAGUGCCUUUGUCGACCUCCUCGAUAACGUAGUGAACCAUACAACCACCUUUAUCAACUAAUCCAUCUUGACCAGCUUUCCAGGAGCGUUCAAUCGCAUUCGUGCCUUCGAACUGACCAGGAAGAGCAGGAUGAAGAUUGAUAAUUGGAAUCUUGGCUUGAUGGAGAGGCUUGAGGAAAUCGGAGGAUAAUAUGAGCAUCCAGCCAGCGCACACGAUAACAUCUGGUUUGAGCUUUCCGAUUAUGAUAUUUACUAAAUCUUUGUUAAAUUUCGCUCUCGCUUCAUCUCUUGCAUCUUUGUUUUCCUUAGGAAUCCCUCUAUAGUACGUCUUGAGUUCAUGGGUCAUAGUUGGUAUACCAGCUUGAGAUGCUCUUUCGAGACCAUAUGCUUUGGAGGACGAUGAGAUAACAUGUAUGAUUUUCCCAGGUAUUUUACCACUAUUGCAAUUGUCGAUAAGCGCCUGCAGGUUUGACCCAUUCCCAGAAAUCAGAACCAAGAUGGAUGGAAGAGCCAUUCUUGAAAUUAUUUCAAUUUUUAAUUUAGUUCCUGUCAUUUUGAUCAGACGAAAAAAUAUUCUAAAUACAAUUGUUAAGUAAUUCAUAGAGG